AUGACGGUCCUCGUUGAGCUCGCUCGUCGCGCCGUGUCGCACCCGCGCACGGCGACGUUUGUCAAGCGCGCCAUCAAUGGGAACGGUGGAAGGACACCAGACUGGGCAGACGAAGUACCCAUCUGGGGUGCCGUCCUCGUCUAUGCGACCAUCUUCGUUUCUGUGGUAGCCAUCAGCCUCUUCUCCUACAUGCUCAACGAAGUCGUCGUAACUCUCUGCAUGGUCGAAUCUCCCGUAGCUGCUAUAACCGUCUCCGAGACGCCCUCCACCACACUGUCCCCCUCGGACAAAGAAGGUGCCGACGAAAAGGAAACGCUCCUCGAAAGCGGUCCCACCAUCACCCUCGUAAACCAAAAGCCCAUCACGUCGUCUAUCAGGGCUACCCUCCGCCACCUCGUCGCAAAUGCCGGUCGCUUCGCGCGCUUCCGCGGCUUCAAGAUCCACGCGCUGUACUCGGUCCUCGCUGGCACCACCGCCACCUUCUUCAGCGGCGCUCUGCCCAACAUGCCUGGUCAAGCCGUCCUCGGCGCUGCCAUUACCGGUGCCCUCCUCGCUAACGUACAUGCUGCGUGGACACACAAGGUUGUUAGUAUGCCGACCUCAGCCACCUUCUUGCAGCGCAUCCCCUCCAAAUCCCACUGGAAGACUCUCGCCGUUCCCGCCGCGCUCAAAGCCGUUAUGCCGUACGUUAGCGUAUACCUCACUGUGGGCGUAGCCAUGCUCCUCCGUCUCCACAAGGUGGAUCAAGAGAGCCAUGUUACUUGUGCCCAGAAGGUCGGUCUCAUCGCCCGCUUCCUCGCCGUCGUCGUCUUCGCAGUUACAUGCACGCUCUUCCUCUGUCUCCCUGCUAUGGUUACGCUAGUCCGCGUUGAAGCUUCUAUCCUCCCCGAGGACCAAGACACCAUUGUGCCUUUUGACCGUACUUUUGGCGGCAAGGUCGUGAGCAAGAUGAUGGGUGGAACUGGUGUUGUUAGCUUCUUGGAUGCCUGGAGGUCUUUCAACUGGGAGGCACGCCGUCGCCUCAUCAAGUUGUUUGUUAAGAACUUCUUUAUCAUGGUUGGCAUGUUCGUCGUUGUCAUGCAUAUUAUUGCUUUGGAGGUCUUUGCUACCAUGGGCCCUGCUGUUCGUAAGGCUGUUGCGGAUCACAACGCUUCUUGA